AUGGAGGAAUUGAAGGACAACGCCCUUCAUGUCGAGAUGACAUUUACCACUACCAAGGGAUGUGGUGCGACGGAGGAGAUUAAGUUGCAAGAAGCUUUGAGCAAUUCUGUUCCAGACACAGGCGCGGAGAAGAAACUUGUACGGAAAAUUGACAUGCACUUAAUGCCAACUCUCUGGAUCAUGUACAUUCUCAACUAUGUUGAUGGAAAAUAUUGGAAACGCAAGAAUUGCUGGAAUGGGGGACGACCUAAAUCUUGA